AUGGGAAUCACUAAUAUUCUUUGUCAAGCAUUGCAAUCACGCUCUCAAGACAUUUUAAAUGCAAUGCAUCUUGUUUCUACUUCAAAAGUACUUCUUCAACAACUAAGAAAUGAUGGAUGGUCUGAUUUGUUAGAAAAUGUGAAAUUGUUUUGUCUAAAACAUGAGAUAGAGAUUCCUGACAUGAGUGCACAAUAUGUCUUGGGAAGAGGUCGAUCCCGUCAAACAAAUGUAACUAUGGUGCAUCACUAUAGGAUUGAUAUUUUCUUGGUUGUGAUAGAUUCUCAGAUGAAGGAAUUAAAUUUGAGAUUUAAUGAACAAACUGUGGAACUUCUACGUUUAAGUACAGCUUUGGAUCCUAGCAACAAUUACAAGAAUUCAACAUAUAUUGAUAAUAUUUGCAGGUUAGCAAAGACUUACUAUUAA